AAUUUAAAACCCCCAUCUUCCCCCUCAAACCACUGUCCUUUCUACUUCCCAGUUCCCACAUAAAGUCACAAAAUUCAAACAUGACCCCAGAAAACCUGCUUCAUCGUCUUCCAUCAACCCAGAAAUGCACCUUCGGCUGCCCAGUCCUAGACCGCUGCCUCGGCGGUGGCAUCCCUUGCAACUCAAUAACCGAGCUCGUCGCCGAGAGCAGUUGUGGCAAGACCCAACUCUGUCUCCAACUAACCCUUUCUGCCCAGCUCCCACCCUCACUCGGCGGCCUAUCCGCCUCUUCUCUCUACAUCCACACCGAGUUCUCUUUCCCUUCUCGCCGCCUCCACCAACUUUCCCAUGCCUUUAUCUCUUCACACCCAAGAAUUUUCAAUAACGAUCCCUGUGAUCGUAUAUUUGUUCAUGCUGUAUAUUCUGCAGACCAACUGUUUGAUAUAAUGCCUAAGAUAGAGUCUUUCCUUGAAAACAUGAAUACCCAGUUACCGGUUAAGCUCAUUGUGAUCGAUUCCAUUGCGGCAUUGUUUCGUUCCGAAUUUGAGAACACCCCAAUUGAGCUUAAGCGGAGGUCGUCGCUGUUUUUUAAGAUUUCCGGGAAAUUGAAGUCGUUGGCGAAGAGGUUUGGUUUGGCUGUUGUGGUGACGAACCAGGUGGUGGAUUUGAUGGGGCAUUCGGAGGGGAUGAAUGGGCUGAAGGUUGGGAAUUUGGGUUCUUUGGUUUCGUCUGGAAGACGGGUGUGUCCCGCUUUGGGACUAGCGUGGGCUAAUUGUGUGAAUUCGAGGCUUUUCUUGUCGAGGAAUGAGGAAGUCGUUGGAGAAGAAAAUGGGUCGGUGGAUGUGAGUGCUUGUGGAGGUGGUGAUUUUCUCCCUAGGCAAACAAGGCGGCGACUUCAUGUUGUUUUCGCGCCUCAUUUGCCUGAUUCUUCUUGUGAGUUUGUGAUCAGAAGAGAAGGGGUUUUUGGAGUUGAAAGAUAGCAAUAUGCUUCUAAGAGGAAUGGCAUUACUUCAAGCUAGCUAGACAUGUAUAGUUUUGAGUUUUUGUACACUUAUUUAAGCGGCAAUGUUAGGUGGGAUUUUCUCUUUGCCGGGUGUGCCAAUGAAUCAGAAACCUACACACGCUAUUUCUCUAUUUCAUGCUCAUUUCUUUUAUUUCCAGUUGCUCCUAGGACUCAUUCACUCUUCAAGUUGCUUUCUUUGUUCCAUUUGUUUGGAGAUCUUUCUCAAGGGAAUUAUAUUUUCACAAUCAAUCUUGAUAUGUAAGGUUCCAUUUUAAUAACAUCAAUCAUGUGUCAAAACACAUAUCAAUCCCAAAAUGAGGCUUCUACUUUUUGGUGUGUGUGAGCUGCAAAAGGUUGGCUGUUUGGACAGAUCACAGAUGAGAAGAGAUGCAACCAGCAAGACCAAUAAAUUUGGAGUUCUCACUUCUCUCAUUAGAUGACUCAGAUCUGUUUUGGCCAUGGUGUAUAAUCAAAGCAAGACGAAGGGGGUCACCGAUCUGCUCAGAUCUGAACUUUUGGCUCCAGGAAACUCAUUACUUGUGGACAAGCUUGAUUCUAAAGAAACAGUAGAAUGACCCUUCGUUAUGUCUAAGAGGCCGUUCUUCAGU